GCUGAUUGUUCAAGAUUUUAUAAUGAAUUCUAAUUGUGUUCAGCAGUUUAUUAUUUCAGGAAAUAUAGAAAAAACGAAUCUUGAAAAGAGUAACUAUUACAAAUAAUAUACAUAACUGUAUCUAUAUUCUUUGUGAACCAUUAACUAUCAAAGGUAAAAUGCCUCAUAAGCAACCGAGUAGUUUGUUUAAAAUUUGUGUUCAAAAUUCCCUUCAAUUAAUAAAUGAAUUUUGUUAUUUUAUCGAAAAGAAUUAUCCAGUUACAGAAGUAUAUGAUUGUCAGAGGCAUGUGUAUGAUUUAAAACAGUACCUGAUGUCUACACUGCCAAGUGGGUUGUUUGAUGUCUUGUGUAUGUCACGGUCAUGUUGUCCCUAUGGAGGUGACCCUCGAGUUCAACUGCGAGUCUUGACGCACCCUCAAAUGUCUGUCUUUCGGAAAAUAGAUGUAGAUAACUGUAUUCCUAAAGUUUUCUGGAUUCACAUGUUUCCAAUGCUGAAUCGCCUAGUUGUCCUUGAUUUAAAGUUCAUUUGUACGGAUGAAAUCCUCGAAACAAUCGCUAAAAGUUGUCCUCUACUUGAAGAGCUCAAUAUAGUUUCGAAAGUUGAAAUUCGCAAGUCCCUCAUCAAUGCAUCAGUAAUAGUUAGGAAUGUUUCCGAUGUCGGACUCAAUUACUUGACAACCCUAAAACGCUUACGAAUAUUGUCAAUGGACCCACCCAGAAAUGAAAAAUCUAAUAGAGUAGUCCGUGGUGUAUCCCAAACUGGUAUCAUAAUGCUCAUCAGGGAAUUACCUUAUCUCGAGGAGCUUAGGAUAGAGUCUUGCGAUAUUGGGUCUACAUUGAUAGGUUCUCAGGUAGAGAUUGGACCUUUAAAUUUAAGGAAGGUCAAUUGUCAUUAUAUCUCUGCUGAAAGUAUACAAAAGCUAGUCAAAAUAUGUCCCAAUCUUAAGGAAUUAGCUAUAACACAUCUGUCAACACACGAUAAAGAUGACGUCUUAGAGGCAAUAAGUGCUAGCAAUUUGCAAUUAUCUAGAUUAGAUAUGCUAUUUUUUUCCUACUCCCCCUCGCUAGAUCGCCUGUUAAAAGUCCAAGGUCAAUAUUUGACCCACUUCUCUUUGUGGGAAAUAGACGACUGUAUGACUAUAGAAACUAUAAUCAAUUUAGGAGUUAGCUGUCCCAAUAUCACUAACAUCUGUCUGUUAACACAAUCUAGCAGCUUGUCCAUUCCACAUCUUUACAAAAAACCUAAUAUUUUUAAUAAAUUACAGACUUUAACUGUUGGUAGUGAUAAUUUCAACUUGGAGAAGGUUUUGACUUUCUUUUUAGAGGCUGCACAAAAUUUACAGAAGUUGACUGUCAAAUAUCAGUCGAAGACACAGUUCGAUGCAACUUUGAAGCUAAUACUCAGCAAAGGUUACCUUAGAAAUAUAAAAUCAUUAUGGCUGGAUUGUACCCUGGAAGUUUCUAAAGAAGUGAUUAAACAGAUUAUUCAGAGCUGUUGCAACCUUACAGAUUUAACAGUUGAUUUUAAUGAAGACAUGAAAGAUGUUCAUGAAUAUAUAUCUAAUAAUAAUUUAGAUUUAAAAUUAGGAGGAUACUAAGUUCUAAACAUAAUAUUACA